CCGCCGAUGCUGCAGGCGGCAUGUGACUCCCAGGGCUACGUGGGCUGCACCGCAAUUUAAAUACAAACACUCGGGCCGGCUCCCCCCUGCUCCGCCCGCUGGUCUGGCUCUUCCUCCCUCGGGGUUGGUGAGCGCGGGUACCCGCAGCCCGCGCCCCUCCGCGGGACGCCCCGGGAGCCGGGCCCCGGCGUCCUGCCGCCCGCGGAUUUCCCACCCUGGUGUGGACGCUGAGGCCCAGGGAGGUGAUGGGAUCGCCCUGAAGUCAUGCAGCUGGUGGCAGAGCCAGGCCUAGAAGCCAGGCGCCCUGGCUGUCAAGACAUCCCGCUGCCUGAGGAAUGGAACAGGGAUUUAGUGCAAGAAGAAGAACAGUUGAUGGAAGAAAAGAAAAAGAAAAAAGACGACAAGAAAAAGAAGGAAGCUGCUCAAAAGAAGGCCACUGAACAAAAAAUCAAAGUGCCAGAACAGAUAAAGCCCAGUGUAAGCCAGCCUCAGCCUGCCAACUCUAAUAACGGCACUUCCACAGCAACCAGCACUAAUAAUAAUGCCAAGCGAGCCACAGCCAACAGUCAGCAGCCGCAGCCGCAGCCGCAGCCACCGCCACCCGCGCAGCAGCAGCCGCCGCAGCAGCAGCAGCAGCAGGCGCCGCAGCAGCAGCCACAGGCUUUGCCUCGGUAUCCUCGCGAAGUGCCGCCACGAUUUCGCCACCAGGAACAUAAACAGCUUCUAAAGCGGGGUCAGCAUUUUCCCGUCAUAGCAGCAAAGCUGGGAUCUGCUGUUAAGGUGUUAAGCAGCCAGUCAGAAAGCAGUGCUGUAACAGCCCAACAGCCACAAAAUAACGGAGAGGUGCAGAGCAGCAAAACCCAGUCAGAUACAAACCACAGUACUUCAGGACCCCACUAUGAGCGUUCCCAGCAGGGACCUGUGUCUCCUCCGAGUGACUCCCGCACAGACUGUAGGAAUGCUGCUGUAGACGACCUGUUGGAGAAAGAAGCAUGGCCCUCCGUCCCUGGCAGUGACCCGGAGUUGGCGUCAGAAUGUGUGGAUGCUGAUUCCGCCUCCAGUUCUGAGUCGGAGAGAAACAUCACCAUCAUGGCUUCAGGGAGCACAGCGAGUGACAAAGAGAGCCUUCGGAGUAGCGCCGGACUGGGUUCCCAGAACAAGUUUGUGGUUGGUAGCAGCAGCAAUAACGUAGGCCAUGGAGGUAGUCCCGGGCCGUGGGGUUUCUCCCACGGAGCCAUAAUAAGCACAUGUCAGGUUUCUGUGGAUGCUCCUGAGAGCAAAUCAGAAAGUAGCAACAAUCGCGUGAAUGCUUGGGGCACUGUAGGUUCUUCAUCAAAUGGAGGGUUAAAUCCAAGCACUUUGAAUUCAGCUAGCAACCAUGGUGCCUGGCCAGUAUUAGACAACAAUGGACUUGCCCUCAAAGGGCCCGUAGGGAGUGGCAGUUCUGGCAUCAAUAUUCCUUGCAGUACCAUAGGCCAGCUGCCGAACAAUCAGAGUAUUAACUCUAAAGUGAGUAGUUCUUCUACCCAUGGGACCUGGGGAAGCCUGCAGGAAACCUGUGAGUCCGAAGUGAGUGGUACACAGAAGGUUUCAUUCAGUGGUCAACCUCAGAAUAUCGCCACUGAAAUGUCUGGACCAAAUAACACUACUAACUUUAUGACCUCUAGUUUACCAAACUCCGGUUCAGUACAGAACAGCGAACUGCCUGGUAGUAACACAGGGGCCUGGCGCUUGAGCACAAUGAAUCAUCCUCAGAUACAGGCUCCGUCAGUUAUGAACGGCACUUCCCUUUCUCACCUUAGCAACGGAGAGUCAAAAAGCGGAGGCUCUUACGGUACUACAUGGGCUGCCUAUGGUUCUAGUUACUCUGGAGACAAAUGUUCAGGCCCCGGCGGCCAAGCUAAUGGUGACACUGUGAAUGCAACUCUAAUGCAGCCUGGCGUGAACGGGCCUGUGGGCACUAACUUUCAAGUUCACACGAGUAAAGGAGGAGGCGUAUGGGAGUCUGGGGCAGCGAAUCCCCAGAGUACCUCAUGGGGAAAUGGGAACGGUGCGAACUCCGGAGGAAGUCGGAGAGGAUGGGGGGCCCCUGCACAAAACACUGGCACUAAUGUACCCAGCGUGGAGUGGAACAAAUUGCCCAGCAAUCAGCAUUCCAAUGACAGCGCAAAUGGCAACGCUAAGAAGUUUACAAAUGGGUGGAAGUCUGCUGAGGAAGAGGACCAGGGUUCCGCCACGUCCCAGACGAACGAGCAGAACAGCGUGUGGGCCAAAACGGGGGGCGCCGUGGAGAGCGAGGGUAGUACGGAAAGCACUGGACGCCUGGAAGAGAAAGCAGCUGGGGAAAGUCAGAGUAGAGACAGAAGAAAAGUUGAUCAGCACACGUUCCUCCAAAGCAUUGUGAACAGGACGGACUUAGAUCCGCGUGUCCUGUCCAACUCGGGCUGGGGACAGACUCCUAUUAAGCAGAAUACUGCCUGGGAUACGGAAACAUCACCUCGAGAGGAAGGAAAGACGGACAAUGGGACAGAGGCCUGGGGAGGCUCUGCAACACAGACUUUUAACUCAGGGGCGUGUAUAGAUAAGACUAGCCCUAGUAAUAAUGAUACCUCAUCUGUAUCGGGGUGGGGCGAUCCCAAACCUGCUCUGAGGUGGGGAGAUUCCAAAGGCUCAAACUGCCAGGGGGGGUGGGAAGAUGAUGCUGCUGCUACAGGAAUGAUCAAGAGCAAUCAGUGGGGGAACUGCAAAGAGGAGAAGUCCACGUGGAAUGACUCGCAAAAGAGCAAACAGGGGUGGGGUGAUGGACAGAAACCAAACCAAGGUUGGUCCGUCUCCGCCGGCGACGGCUGGGGAGACACGUCCAGGAGUAACCAUUGGGGCGAGACGAAUAAGAAAUCCAGCUCAGGAGGUAGUGACAGCGACAGGUCCGUUUCUGGUUGGAACGAACUUGGUAAAACUAGUUCAUUUACUUGGGGAAAUAACAUAAAUCCAAAUAACUCAUCAGGAUGGGAUGAAUCUUCUAAGCCUAACCCUUCCCAGGGAUGGGGGGACCCUCCAAAGUCUAAUCAGUCUCUAGGUUGGGGAGAUUCGUCAAAGCCAGUCAGCUCCCCAGACUGGAACAAGCAACAAGACAUAGUUGGGUCUUGGGGAAUCCCAGCAGCCACAGGCAAACCUCCCGGUACAGGCUGGCUGGGGGGACCUAUACCAGCCCCGGCAAAAGAAGAAGAACCCACAGGCUGGGAGGAACCGUCCCCAGAGUCCAUACGGCGCAAGAUGGAGGUCGACGACGGGACCUCGGCCUGGGGAGACCCGAGCAAAUACAACUACAAAAAUGUGAACAUGUGGAACAAAAACGUCCCCAACGGCGGCAGCCGCGCAGACCAGCAAGCACAGGUCCACCAGCUGCUGCCGCCUGCAGGUGCCAUGGCAGACAAGGAGGCCAGCGGCGGCUCGGGCUGGGGUGAGCCCUGGGGGGAGCCCUCCGCUCCAGCCACCACUGUGGAUAACGGCACCUCGGCGUGGGGUAAACCCGCAGACAGCGGCCCCAGCUGGGGCGAGCCCCUGGCUGCAGCAUCCAGCACGUCCACGUGGGGCUCCAGCUCUGCCGGCCCGCAGGUGCUGAGCAAGUCUGGGCCAAAAUCUAUGCAAGAUGGCUGGUGUGGUGACGACAUGCCACUGCCUGGGAGCCGCCCCCCUGGCUGGGAAGAGGAGGAGGACGUGGAGAUCGGAAUGUGGAACAGUAACUCAUCUCAAGAGCUCAACUCGUCUUUAAAUUGGCCGCCAUACACCAAGAAAAUGUCAUCGAAGGGUCUGAGUGGCAAAAAAAGGAGAAGGGAAAGGGGGAUGGUGAAAGGUGGAAACAAGCAAGAAGAGGCGUGGGUAAACCCGUUCGUUAAACAGUUUUCAAGUAUCAGCUUUGCGAGAGACUCACCAGAAGAAAAUGUACAGAGCAAUAAGAUGGACCUUUCUGGAGGAAUGUUACAAGACAAACGAAUGGAGAUAGAUAAGCAUAGCCUAAGUAUUGGUGAUUACAAUCGAACGGUCGGGAAAGGCCCGGGUCCUCGGCCUCAGAUUUCCAAAGAGUCUUCCAUGGAACGCAAUCCUUAUUUUGAUAAGAAUGGCAAUCCCAGUGUGUUUGGUGUUGGAAACACAGCAGCACAACCCCGGGGCAUGCAGCAGCCUCCAGCACAACCUCUCAGCUCAUCUCAGCCUAAUCUCCGUGCUCAAGUGCCUCCCCCAUUACUCUCCCCUCAGGUUCCAGUGUCAUUGCUGAAGUAUGCACCCAACAACGGUGGCCUGAAUCCGCUCUUUGGCCCUCAACAGGUAGCCAUGCUGAACCAGCUAUCCCAACUAAACCAGCUCACUCAGAUCUCCCAGUUACAGCGAUUGUUAGUGCAGCAGCAAAGGGCGCAGAGUCAGAGAAGCGUGCCUUCUGGUAACCGGCAGCAGCAAGACCAGCAGGGUCGACCUCUCAGUGUGCAGCAGCAAAUGAUGCAGCAGUCUCGUCAACUUGAUCCCAACCUGCUGGUGAAGCAGCAGACUCCCCCGUCUCAGCAGCAGUCGCUCCAUCAGCCAGCCGUGAAGUCCUUCCUCGACAACGUCCUGCCCCACACCGCGCCGGAGCUGCAGAAAGGGCCGUCGCCAAUAAGCGCUUUCAGCAACUUUCCUAUAGGCUUGAACUCAAACUUGAAUGUAAAUAUGGACAUGAACAGUAUUAAAGAGCCACAGUCGAGACUGAGGAAGUGGACUACAGUGGACAGCAUUUCUGUGAGCACGUCUUUGGAUCAGAACUCCAGCAAACAUGGUGCUAUUUCAAGUGGUUUCAGGCUGGAAGAAUCUCCAUUUGUUCCCUAUGACUUUGUGAACAGCAGUACUUCACCAGCCAGUCCUCCAGGCUCAAUAGGAGACGGCUGGCCACGUGCCAAAUCGCCUAAUGGCUCUAGCAGUGUUAAUUGGCCACCAGAAUUUCGCCCUGGUGAACCAUGGAAAGGUUAUCCAAACAUUGACCCCGAAACUGACCCUUACGUCACUCCUGGCAGUGUCAUAAACAAUCUUUCAAUUAAUACUGUGCGGGAAGUCGACCACCUCAGGGACAGGAACAGUGGGUCAUCCUCAUCCUUGAACACCACGCUGCCUUCAACUAGUGCCUGGUCAUCCAUUCGUGCCUCCAACUACAGCGCUCCCCUCAGCAGCACAGCACAAAGCACUUCAGCCAGAAAUAGUGAUUCCAAGUUGACGUGGUCCCCUGGUUCAGCUACAAACACCUCUCUGGCUCACGAGCUGUGGAAGGUCCCUCUGCCACCUAAAAGCAUCACUGCUCCGUCCCGCCCGCCUCCGGGGCUGACCGGUCAGAAGCCGCCCUUGUCUCCGUGGGAUAACUCUCCCCUUCGUGGAGGUGGGGGAUGGGGGAGUUCUGACGCCAGAUACACCCCAGGUUCCAGCUGGGGUGAGAGCAGCUCAGGGAGAAUAACAAACUGUCUUGUUCUGAAAAACCUUACACCUCAGAUCGAUGGCUCCACCCUGCGCACCCUGUGCAUGCAGCACGGCCCGCUGAUAACAUUCCACCUGAACCUCCCGCACGGGAACGCCCUGGUCCGCUACAGCUCCAAGGAGGAGGUGGUGAAGGCGCAGAAGUCCCUGCACAUGUGCGUCCUGGGGAACACUACGAUCCUCGCCGAGUUCGCCAGCGAAGAGGAGAUCAGCCGCUUCUUUGCACAGAGCCAGUCCCUGGCCCCGUCCCCGGGCUGGCAGUCGCUCGGGGCCGGCCAGGGCCGGCUGGGCGCGCUCGACUGCUCGCACUCCUUCUCCAGCCGGGCCGAUCUCAACCACUGGAAUGGUGCUGGGCUGUCGGGGACGAACUGCGGAGAGCUCCACGGCGCGUCGCUCUGGGGCGCCCCGCACUACUCCACAAGCCUGUGGGGCCCCCCGAGCGGCGGCGACCCCCGCGGCAUCGGCAGCCCGUCGCCGCUGAACGCGUUCCUGUCGGUGGAGCACCUGGGCGGGGGCGGGGAGUCGCUGUGACGCCGACCUCCGCCCGGCAGCGCCUGCGGCAGGGCCGCCUGCGGAGCCGCGCCGCACCCCCGCCCACAUAUCAGUUCGAAUACUUGAAUCAUGCAGGCCAAUGCUAUAAUGUGAAAGGUCUCCGCACUCCGAGUGGCGCCAUACACGCAGGCCGCAGAGUGCGCGCGCCCGCCACGUCUCGCCCCCGCGCUCGCUCUCCUCUCCCCCGUGUUCGCGAAACCCUUGCGGGCUGGCAGCGUCUGAGCUUUUACCUUUGCACUGAACGGGGUUCUCCGGCUGACCGCGGCUCGGGGCAGCUGUUCCGGCGAAGUGUUUACUCCAGGAAGCCCUCCGGGUGCGCGCCCUGCUGCGCCUUGAUGUUGCCUACCUUUACGUGGUGUCUGGAGUUGGAGGAUCACGUGAGAAUGCUGACUUAGGGUUAGAAUGAAAGUAUUGCACCAGUUUUUCAUGUUAGAAAACUAAAGAAUUUCGCUCUGCAGUUUGAGAAACUGUGGCCACAGCUGUGACUUGCAGCCCACCUGCCACCCAGGGCGGGCCCUGCACUUUGAAUAGGCUUUUUCCAUUUUGUUUUGGAGGUUCCCGUGUCGAACCUUCUUGUUUACAGAUUUUUUUGUUUGUUUUUUGAGAAAAAAAAAAUGUUUACUCUUCCAUCAUUUAAAAAAAAUUUAAAAGACAAAAAAAAAUGGAGGAUGAUUUAAAAGAUGCUUUCUAUCUCUGGGAAAAGGAGCAGCGUUUGGCCAUGUUCUUUCGUUUUUCUAUUCUUGUCCUAAAUCAAAGAGCAUGGUUCUCAGGAAAACCAGUUCCCCAGUUUAAAAAAAAAAAAUCCUUGUAGUUUCUUAUAGGAAAAGAAGAAACCCCCAACUUUUAGCACUGAUACUACGUAUUGCUCUGUUAAAGAAUUUUCUCUGCCACAAAAAAAACUAGAAAAAAAAAUGCUUCAAGCUGGAGUUUGACAUUCUGCUUUCAGAUGCUGUCUUUUAUUAGUGAGUGAUGAUGGUUUGCUAAUAAUCAAUAGGUGAUUUUUUGUAACCCCAUCAAGUGGCUCUGUAUGUUUCUGCUCUUGUGACUCUGUUCAUGUUUAACUGUUGUACCUUAAAAGCCGAAAUCAGUAACUAUGCAUACUGUAACCAAGGUAUUGGGCUUACAGAGUUGUUUGUUGUAUAAAGAAAAUUUUAAAUGUUGUUGCAAACUAACGAGUUACACCAUUUUUAAAUUUCUUUCCUCCCCCCCUUUCGUUGCCCACAAAUGGUAUUAUAAUGCUUGCUUAGUCAAAGAAGAGAGACUAAACAAGGGUAAAAAUUUUAACCGUACACAAUUUGCCAUCGUUUCAUUGCCUUGAUUCUAACUGUUUGUGUCCUAAGAUGCAAAAGAAGUCAGUGGCUUUUAACUGUUUACAAAUAGAAUGUGAUUGUAACAUGUACAGUUUGGUUGUGUUUGAAUUAUGAACUUUUCUUCAGAUAUAAUAAACCAUGACUUUUUCGCUGCUCAACAUUAAUCGUCUCUUUUUUGUGAAUUUAUUUGUAGGCUCUUUUUUAUACUGAAAGUCUCUGAGUUGCUCUGUAUGAGAGUUCUCACAGAGCAGCUGAUUACAAAUCUAAGCAAAUAUCUGAACAUUGUAUCCGAACUCGUCCCAGUUCCGCCCUGCAGUAAUGUGAGAACAAUGGGAAACUGUAGCUCGCUCCUUCCCGCCCUCUGAGCAGCUGUGGGAUCUUGUUGCUCGGAAGCUCUGUGACUUCAUCUCCCCCACCAUCUGUGCCCGUCUCAAGCCUCAGCAGGAGACCGUGUGGACGUGAAGCUUAAUGACUUGACGGUGUUCUAGUGUUAAACUCUCAUACCUCUGUCACACAGCGGGGACCGCCGCGGCCCGGACUGGCCUUCUGCUCCCCGGCAGGCCCCGGCCCUCCCGCAGGGCGGCGGGGCGGGAACCUGUGUCUGUAUUUCGGUGUAUGGCUUCAAACCCCGCUGCAGCUUGCGAGGCGCGAGCUCGUGUUGUUGGACACCUUCCUAUAAACAAGUGUUGUUCAGUGCAUUCAGUGUAUAUUGACUUCCAUACUGGUUUUUCCAAAAACCAAAGGUAGCUUUGAAAAACCACGUCUGGAGAUGUUUGGAUCUAACGUUAAGCUGAUGACCUUGGGGCUUUGAGUAGUAUAUAAUGACUUCAUAAUUGCGUUCAUUGUAUUGUUAAAGUGUUUGAGAGGUUUUUUUGCGCUUGUUACGUGGAAAUAAAGUGUUUGAUUUUAAAA